CAGCUAGAGGUAGGUGACAACUAUGCCUGUUAUUGCCGUUUUCUAACUUUGACAAUAAAAUUUGUAUUGCAAGGAUAGUCCUAGGUUUUCCAGUGUUUUUCAACACUAAAAUGAGCAGGUGGAAGAGAAGAGAGGAUGUUCACCCAGGGAGGGAUUGUGUGUCAUGUAGUGCUUGUGGAACUGAUGGAGGCAGUUUUCGUCAUCCAAACAACUGGAACGAAGAAUUCAAGGAAUGGAUCAUGACGUCAUCUCAGCUUGAUAUGCAGUCUUGCUUGUGUCUAAAGUGUAGUCGAUCAUUGAGAAGGAAGUGGGAAAAUUUUCGAAAAGAUGACAACAAGGAAAAUAGCGAUCCUGCGCCCAAAAAAUCUAAGUCUGACAGUGUGUGUGUUGUGGGCUUGUUGGAACAUGACCCAAGCCUUGUACGCAGUCUUUGUUCUGAAAAUGUUAUUCGUGCCUCAUUCAAAGGCUGUAAUGUAGAAUCAGUGGCAGCUUGCUUCAAGGCAUCUUCAAGUGAAGUAGCCAGCGCUUGUACUGCCUCUCAGUCUUUUCUAGGUGAUUGUGUUGUAACAUUAUGUAAAUUACACCACUCUCAGUUGUACAGGUGGGUGUUUAUGCACACUGCCUUGUUUACGUUGUGUAGCUUAGUAAUAGCUUUCUGUAGGUUUAUACACUUCAGCAAAGUUGAGUGCACCACUUGUGGUAUGGGUAUUCAGAAAAUUGCUAGACAUUGUCCAGACCCAGCAUUGAUUAGUGCCUACUUGAGGGAGACAUGUCAAGUGGUGAAAGAUGUCACAGAAACUUCACCAGUUUGCUCCAGGUGUUACUUCAGCCAUCUUCGGAUUGCCAAGGUAAAGAGUAACUCUGACAUGAUGUCAACAGAUGAUGGCACUAAACAACUUAGAAAAGAGCUAUCAGGAAAGGAGGAAUCCCUUGUUGGUGAUGACACUGACAUCAUUGUGGGAAAAGCUCUUCUUCAGACAGGAGUUUGGGUUACUGAGAUGUCGCAGAGCUCAUUUAACAGCAAAGACCUGGAAAGAUCUACUCCAACUAACGUGAAAUCACUUGAUAGAAUUGAGACACGGAAGUGGUGA